UGUGAAUAUAAAACCUCCAUGAGAACAAUAUUGAAAGUCGCGUAGACGCUACCGUGGUGAGUGGAUGUAUUUGUAAGAUAUUUAUUUUUAAUAUUCUUGCGUAUUUAUCAAAAAUAGAAAGAACGUGACAGAAUGUCUGUCACUAAUCUUAAUUCUCAGCAAGAAUACGAGAAUUAUGUUAAGUCACAAGAUCUUUCUGUCAUUCAUUUCUACGCGCCAUGGGCUGAUCAAUGUUCGCAGAUAAAUGAUGUGAUCGAAGAAAUGAGCAAAUUAACUGAAUAUAAAGAAGUUAAAUUUGCUAAAAUCGAAGCUGAAAAAAUUCCUGAUGUAUCUUUAAAAGCUGGUAUCAGUGCAGUACCAACAAUUAUUUUCACAAGAAACGAUACUAUACUCGAUAGAGUCGAUGGAGCCAACCCUUCUGCUAUAGCAGACAAAAUCAAACAUCAGUUAUCCAAAAAAGAUUCCAUUUCAAUUGAAACAUAUAAACCAAAAGAAAAUCUUGAAGAAAGAUUAAAAAAAUUAAUAAAUCAAGCACCUUGUAUGCUAUUCAUGAAAGGAUCUCCGAUAAAUCCACGUUGUGGAUUUUCUAGAACAAUAGUUUCCAUUUUAGAUUCUUAUAAAGCAGACUAUCAAUCAUUUGAUAUUUUACAAGAUAAUGAUGUUAGAGAAGGACUUAAAAAAUUUAGUGAUUGGCCUACAUAUCCUCAGUUGUAUAUAAAUGGAGAACUUAUUGGAGGAUUGGAUAUUAUAAAGGAAAUGAGUGAAUCUGGAGAGCUAGAAAAUAUGUUGCCUAAGAAAAGUUAAUAAGAGUUAACGAAAAU